UUCCGACUAGGCCAUCUCCAAAUCUGCGUCAACUCGCAUUUUUCAACUCGCAAGCCUCUGCCAUACAAUGUCCUUCCUCGGACGAUCCCUUCGCGUUUCUGCCGGUGUUUCUGGCUCCGUUCGCACGGCUGCCUCCCGUCGUACCAAGACGUCCUUGAUUCCCCCAAAUGUCGCUUCGCUCAAGGAACUCGGCAAACUCCAGUCUUCCUACCCCCAGGCGCACCCUGAUAUCUUCAAGAAGAUGAAGUACUUUUACCAGCACAUCCCCAAGGGUAACCGGCAGCAAACCGCCAGCACCACCUUCUGGGGUCGCUACUACGAGCGUUACAUUGCCAAGGACUCGUUCGUCCCUGUGUUGCACUUCCUUGGUGUUAUGAUCCCCGUUGGAUACUAUAUUUCUUACUUCAAGGGCGGCCACUAUCACCCUCGCUUCGAGUUCCACUAGAUGUAAACUGCGUCUGGCGACUCGUCGACCUGAAUGGUGUAGCGUUCCCAUAAACAAAUUGUUGAUCGACGUGGCAGGGGCAUAUUUACGUGGCACUGCAGACUGUGAAUGCCUCAUAAAGGGCGGAAGCAGUCUGGUAAUAAAUAAAGGAAAAUAUACCAAGACACUUCCAGUCCGUGCAUUGAAUUCGCGUCCGACUGCAAUCCAUUCUAUUGUUGUGGUACUGAAAGUUGAAGCUUGAUAUGAUACAUGAUGGAUCAUUGAAACAUGGAGUAGUACGCUCAACUCAGCAAAAGAGCAACCCCA